UGUGUCGCGCGGGGCGGCCCAAGAUGGCGGCGCGCUGGAGCAGCGAGAAUGUGGUGGUGGAGUUCCGGGACUCGCAGUAAGUAGCUGUGAAGCUGACCAGAGUCUUGUUAAUUUCAUGCUGAUACUGCUUGACAAAGCUCUGAUCAGCAGUAGAAGUACACCUCUACGCCGAGAUAAUGCGGUCCUCUGGAGCCAAAAAAUCUUACCGCACUAUAGGCAACUGCUAUGUCAGUGGAUUGUCUUGGACAGCAUGCAGUGCUCUCUGGUUAACCUGGACAUGCCGACCGAAGGUCACCGCAAGAUCUCCCGUCAGAGCAAGUGGGACAUUGGGGCUGUGCAGUGGAACCCACAUGACAGCUAUGCACACUACUUUGCAGCUUCGAGCAACCAGCGAGUUGACCUGUAUAAAUGGAAAGAUGGUAACGGGGAAGUUGGCACGUCGCUGCAAGGGCACACGCGUGUGAUCAGUGAUUUAGACUGGGCGGUGUUUGAGCCAGACCUGCUGGUCACCAGUUCUGUUGACACGUACAUCUAUGUUUGGGAUAUCAAGGAUACCAGGAAACCUACAGUCUCGCUCUCUGCAGUUGCUGGAGCCUCCCAGGUCAAAUGGAACAAGAAAAACGUCAACUGUUUAGCAACCAGCCAUGAUGGGGAUGUCCGUAUCUGGGACAAGCGGAAACCCAGCACUGCAGUGGAGUACUUGGCAGCGCAUCUCUCUAAAAUCCAUGGCCUGGAUUGGCAUCCAGACAACGAGUACAUUCUGGCCACUUCCAGCCAGGACAAUUCCGUCAGGUUCUGGGAUUACCGUCAGCCUCGGAAGUAUCUCAAUAUACUCCCCUGCCAGGUUCCAGUUUGGAAGGCUAGAUACACGCCUUUCAGCAAUGGGCUGGUGACCGUGAUGGUUCCCCAGCUGCGGCGAGAGAACAGCCUUCUCCUUUGGAACACCUUUGACCUGAAUACGCCGGUUCACACCUUCGUGGGACACGACGAUGUGGUGCUGGAGUUCCAGUGGAGAAAGCAGAAAGAAGGCUCCAAGGACUACCAGCUGGUCACGUGGUCUCGUGACCAGACUCUGCGGAUGUGGCGGGUUGACUCCCAGCUGCAGAGGCUGUGCGCUAACGAUAUCUUGGACGGGGUUGACGAACUCAUUGAUGGGAUUGCCCUCCUGCCUGAGCCAGAUAAGACCCUCCACACCCAGGACUCUGAACCCCAUCAUAGCUCUGGGCAUGCAGACGAGGAAGCUUUAAAGGAAGACUUCCAGAAUGACCUCCUGGUGGGAAGAAAAUCAGACCAGCUGGGCCUGCCACAGACACUGCAGCAGGAGUUUUCCCUGAUCAACGUGCAGAUCCGAAACGUCAAUGUGGAGAUGGAUGCGGUGAAUCGCAGCUGCACAGUGUCUGUGCACUGUGGCAACCAGAGAGUCAAGAUGCGGGUGAUGUUCCCUGUGCAGUAUCCUAAUAAUGCUGCACCCUCUUUCCAGUUUGCCCCCACUACCACUAUCAGCUCCACAAUGAAGGCAAAGCUGCUGAAGAUUUUGAACGACACUUCCCUGCAGAAAGUGAAGCGGAAUCAGAGCUGCCUGGAGCCUUGCCUGCGUCAGCUGGUCUCCUACCUGGAGUCCGUUGUGAACCAGGAGGACAGCACCUCCAGCAACCUCUAUGCUCUGACGAACACCGUAACACCACCACUGCCCACCUUUGCCCGAGUAUCUAAUGCCUACGGCUCCUACCAAGAUUCCAACAUCCCAUUUCCACGGACCUCUGGAGCCAGGUUCUGUGGUGCAGGUUACCUGGUAUAUUUCACAAGACCCAUGACAAUGCACCGUGCAGUCUCUCCUACAGAACCUACUCCCAGAUCUCUGUCGGCUUUAUCAGCAUAUCACAGUGGCCUGAUCACGCCCAUGAAGAUCCGUACGGAGACCCCAGGCAAUCUGCGCCUGUACAGUGGGAGUCCCACCCGCAGUGAGAAGGAGCAGGUCUCCAUCAGCUCCUUCUACUACAAGGAGAGGAAAUCAAGGAGAUGGAAAAGCAAGCGUGAGGGGACAGAUGCCAGCAACCGACCUAUUAAAGCUGCUGGCAAAGUCAUCAUACAGGAUAUCUCCUGCCUGCUUCCUGUGCACAAAUCACUAGGGGACCAGUACAUUCUGAACAUCAGUAACAUUCAGGAGACCUGCCAGAAGAAUGCUUCCUCAGCCUUGGCAGUUGGACGUAGGGAUCUCGUCCAGGUCUGGUCACUGGCUACGGUAGCCACGGAUCUCUGUCUUGGACCAAAAUCUGACCCGGAUUUGGAGACACCCUGGGCUCAACAUCCAUUUGGACGUCAGCUCCUGGAGUCCCUGCUGGCUCACUACUGUCAGCUCCACGAUGUUCAGACCCUGGCCAUGCUCUGCAGUGUGUUUGAGGCCCAGUCCAGGCUGCAGGGGUGUGUGAGUUCCUCAGGACCCGUCCCUCAGCGCUCCUCCAACAUGCUCUCCCACAGCCGAUACCCCAGCUUUACAUCUUCAGGCUCCUGUUCCAGCAUGUCAGACCCUGGACUCAACACAGGAGGCUGGAACAUAGCAAGCAAAGAGACAGAACACGCAUUCACCCCCUGGUGCGAGUCUUCACCUGAUGACCUCCGCUACGGAAACCUGACGUAUGCUGACCACCGGGAGCGCGAGAGAGAUCAACAUGACAAGAACAAAAGGCUCCUGGACCCUGCCAACACUCAGCAGUUUGAUGACUUCAAGAAAUGCUACGGGGAAAUCCUUUAUCGCUGGGGUCUGCGAGAGAAACGGGCUGAGGUUCUGAAGUUCGUUUCCUGUCCUCCCGACCCGCACAAGGGAAUCGAGUUUGGGGUGUACUGCAGUCACUGCCGCAGCGAGGUGCGGGGCACCCAGUGCGCCAUCUGCAAAGGCUUCACUUUCCAGUGUGCCAUCUGCCACGUGGCAGUGCGAGGCUCCUCCAAUUUCUGUCUGACCUGCGGACAUGGAGGACACACCAGCCACAUGAUGGAAUGGUUUCGCACCCAGGAAGUGUGCCCCACCGGCUGCGGGUGCCACUGCCUGCUCGAGAGCACAUUCUGAGCACAGUCAGCGAGAGCAGAGAGCAUCCCUAGUAUGGGAUCUAAUACUUAUUCCUCAACCACGGUCAGUCAGCUUCUCUCCACAGUAUCUACAGAGGAUGCCUACGGGGGCUGAAGCAGGAUUUACUUGCUGUGCAUUGCACUAGUAUUACCAAAUGCUUCCAGUCUUCCAACAGCUUCCCAGGUGGCUCCAGGCAGAAGUGGCCAAACUCUUGUGAGCCAUUGCUGGUAAUAGAUGCUGUUCUGGGAAAAUCAACCUCUGCUAUCAAGGAUACAUGACUGGUGGUUCGUCUCCAUGAGGCUGAAAGGAAUGUGUGAAAGUUCCUUUGGGGUGUCUUUCCAAGGGCCUCCUGGCAGGAAGACAACCGGAUAAGAGAUCAAGUCACAUGACAAAGACAAUCCUCUUAGCUAAGUUAAGGUGAAAUUAGUUUCCAGACAGGAGUGGAGUUCCAAGCUUAACUCAGUCUUCAAAGAGCAAAUAGACAAUGGGCUUUUGAGAUGACGUUUCAGUACCAAGGAGCCAGGGGAGAUUUUUAAAUGUUUUUUUCUGAACUGCCAUUUCUUGGCCUAAUAAAAUUCUGUUAAUCACAC